AUGGCCUUAUCCUUUGAGCUGACCCUGGCGCUGGAAAAGCCCAAGAGAGACUCUCGGAUGCUCAGCACACACAACUCAGCAGCAUCAGCAGCAUCUUCGUCAGCCUCACAAGACUCCAAAGCUACGCCCAAGUCGUUUGGCAUUCGCAAAUUAGAGCUCAUCCUAGACCAGCUCAACAGUGUCCCCCUCAAAGUGCUCCACUUCGGCGGGAUCUUUGUGGGCCAGUAUUGCUCAGCGUUGGAAUUCAGUGUAGUUGCAGUGUUAAAAGGGUACGCUACUGAAAGCUACAAGCAACACUCGCUCAUGGCUACCGUAGCCCUUAUUCACAUGGUGGUGAGUGCCAGCGCAAUGCCAGCGUUCGCAAGGCUUUCAGACCUUUUUGGCCGAUUGGAGCUCUUUUGUCUUGGCCUAGUGUUGCGGGUAGUUGGGCUUGUGGUGAUGUCUCAAGCAACUACCAUUGAGAAACACGCUGGAGGCGAGGUAUUGUACGGAGCAGGCUUUGCAGGAUGUAAAGUUUUGUUUCAGAUAUGUGCCCAAGAUGCAACGUCCUUGAGAACAAGACUCUGGGCCAAUGCGUUGGUGACGUUUCCGGUGGUGAUAACCACCUGGUCCAGCGGCGAGGUUGUGAGUUCCGUAUUGGACAGCCAUGGUUGGAGGUUUGGCAUCGCCAUGUGGGCGUUUAUUUUUCCUCUCUCGUGUGUGCCCUAUUUGGUGUCGUAUCUGGUCGUCAGGUGGAAAGCGUUUCACACUCGGGAGUGGGGAAGCUUGGUUGAGGAAGAAAGGUUGAGCCAAGCGGAGAUGGAGAAAUACAGGGCGGUUUACAGAAAUGCCAUUUCAAAAUCAGGAAUCACAUUCAGAAAGAAAGUAACUGCAAACAUCACGUUGGCUGCCCAAUAUGCUAAGUACAAGACAGUCAAAUCUUUGUGGGAGGUGGAUAUAGUUGGUUGUGUGUUGCUUGUGGUGGUGUUUGGUUUUAUUCUUGUUCCAAUCACUUUAGCUGGGGGCACUCUGACUAACUGGAGAACUGCCAAAAUCAUAGUCCCUUUAGUUUCUGGGUUCUGCUGUAUUCCAGUAUUUAUAACGUGGGAAUUCCGCUGGGCAAGAAAACCAUUGAUCCCGUUUCCUUUACUCAAGGACCGUGGGGUGUGGUCUGGCUUUGCCGUAGCAAUAUUAUCAACAUUGGCUACCAACAUUCCAAAUACCUACGCCUACCCAGUGUUGGUCGUUGGUAUGAACGCCUCGAGCAUGGUGGCCACGAGAACUCCUCAGUUGGCCAUGUUUGUUACUGCGCUUGUGUUGCCCUUUCUUGGAUAUGUGGUGUUUAAAGUCAGGAGAACCAAGGGCUUUAUUCUCUUUGGCAAUUGCGUCUUGUUCGUAUCUAUGGGCUUGUUUGUUCAUUUUAAAGGUGACAAUGACGGCGUUCGAGGUAAAUACUUCAGAGACGGAAUGGCUGUGGCUUACGCUGUUGAAGGUUUUGGCAAUGGCUUCUUCAUAAAGCUCGUGGGUGUUUCUGUUCAAACAUGUACCAACCACGAGCACAUGGCCACGGUGAGUGCUUUGUUUUCUUCCCUCUACAGCAUCGGCUCGGCUUGUGCCAAGUGUAUCUCGGGUGCUAUCUGGGCACAGAGAAUAUACCCUACAAUUUUGAAACACAUGAACGAGCUUGGGGUAGAUUCCCUGUUGGCAAAGGAUGCAUUCACAGGUCCGUAUAAAUUCAUCACUACCGCUCCUUGGCGAUCUCCUGCAAGAAAAGCAGUGGUGUUGGCUUACACUGAAAUUCAAAGUUCACUUUGUAUAGUGUCGCUUUGCCUUUUGGUUCCGUUGCUUGCUUUGGCCCUUUGCUUAAGGGACCACAAAUUGAACGACCACCGGUCGCUUGAAAAUGCUGUUGAUGUCGAGAAAGGCGAUAGUGAGGCACAGAGGGAGAAGAGCACAGUGGUAUUCGGCAACGAUGAUGAUCCAAUCUUCCGCUUCAUUAGAAGAGUCAUUGAACGAAAGUCACCAAACUGUAUCGUUGAAUAA